UUAGCUAGACAGAGAACCGGACAGUGACAAUAUCUCCUCAACGGAAAAUCUGAAGAAUCCUCCUAAACUUUGUAUUUCUGGAGGAAUCUGCAUCUCAAGACGUAAACUUCAAAGUUUGCCCAUUCAGGACUUGCAAAUAUAGGGAGUGCUUGUUGUUUAUUUAUUUAGCUAUUAAAUAAUUAGCUAGCUAGACAAAGUUUACGUUUCCUCUCAACUGGACAAAUCAAGGAUAAUAUCGGUUGCAAUGCUACAGUAGGCAAGUCGUUUAAUUUCUGAAAAUACUAAAGCAAAGUAUAUAUCCGGUGAUUAGCUAUUUCACUUAUGCAUUUUGCACAUUAUUAACUAAAUAGCGUUUUUAUGAAAUUCUUAGGACUUUUAUCAAACUAGCUACGAAUUGUGAGACAUCGUUUCCAGUUCGAAUCGGAAAAACUGCAACUCCUCUCAUUCACUGUCGUGAGUACGGAUUUCUGGAAUAUUUGGCCUUUGCUACUAGCAAAACGUAUUUUAAUUUGAACACAGUCGUUAUUUUAAUUGACUAAAAUGAUACGGCUGCCCAAAGGCGUUUCUCCUGCGUCUGGCCGAGGUGCUGUAGGAGGACUGUCGUUUUCACAGAAUAAAGUUUUGUCCGGAGUGAAGACAGAAUUCUUCAGCACCGGGUUAUCCAGUCCACCGAUGAACUCUGUACCGGCUGGAUACUUCACCCAAAUCUGCAACACGACAGCGGCCGAACAAAGGGUGAACUGCCUCUAUGCAACCCCCCAUGGACCUGAAGCUAAACCCAUCAGAUCAUGCUCCGGCAGACUACCGGCCAAGAGGAAGCUGGACCUGGAGGACCCCCUGUACCUCCCAGACUUCAGGACCCCCAAUGGAAAGGGGAGUGUGGCUGCAGCCAGAAUCUCUAGUCCCAAAACGCCCAAGUCCCCCGGUGAGCGAACGCGCUACGACACCUCCCUGGGUCUGCUGACCAAGAAGUUUGUUGGCCUGCUGAGCCAGUCACCCGACGGCGUGCUGGACCUCAACUGGGCCACCGAGGUCCUCGAGGUGCAGAAGAGACGCAUCUAUGACAUCACCAACGUGCUGGAGGGCGUGCAGCUCAUCCGCAAGAAGUCCAAGAACAACAUCCAGUGGAUGGUGGGUGGCGUGUUCGAGGGCUCGGCCAGCGGCGGGGAGAAGUCAUGCGCCCUGAGGAAGGAGCUGGGAGAGCUGGAGAGGGCCGAGAAGGCCCUGGAAGACCUGAUCACGUCCAGUAGCACCCAGCUCAAGGAGCUGACCGAACACAGGGAGAACCAGCAGCUAGGCUACGUCACCUACCAGGACAUCAGGUCUAUAGGCAGCCUGCAGGACCAGACGGUCAUCGCCGUCAAGGCCCCCUCAGAAACCAAGCUGGAGGUACCUGAGUCCUCAGGGGGCCCCCAACAGAUCUACCUGAAGAGUAAGAACGGGCCCAUCGAGGUGUACCUCUGUCCCGAGGAGGGUCUGGAGGAUGCCAGCCCCGUCAAGAGCACCACCACUCCCAGGAAAGACUACCCUCAUCCCCCCUUGGGUCACACUGCCACCCCCUCCCCCGUCAUGGCACCACCACAGUACACCACUAUCAAACAGGAGCCCCAAUACACCAACGUCAAGCAGGAGCCCAUGGAAGCUGAACUCUCCAGACCUGCACCAGUAUCCCUCCCCAACACCUCCAGCACCAACACCACCACCCUCCUGGAUGUUGAGGGCCUCCUGGGCCUUCCCCCCAGCCUGCUCCAGAUGACAGAGGACCAGCUCCCGGGCCCUGGGUUCACCCCCGACUCCAACGCCCUCUUCGUCAGCUUCUCGCCGCACCUCGACCACGACGACUACCUCUGGGGGCUGGAGGACGGCGAGGGCGUGUCUGACAUCUUCGACACCUAUGACCUGGGAGACCUGCUCCAGAGCUGAGAGAU